AUUCCACCUCUAACACCUGAGAAUAUUGAGAAGAAGAAGCGCGUUGUGUCGGAUCCAAACAAUAAAGAAAUUAAACAAUUAGCCAAAAUUUGGUUGUUUUUCGGUUGAAGGGCGCUUAAGUCCGAGUGAGGGAAAGAGAUGGCUUUUCUUUGCCCCGUGCGCAUGAGGCGCGACAAGAAGAAAGCUACAAAUGCCAGCAUAGAGAGGGACUUGCCUGCUGUGGGUGUAUUGGGCAUGGGCCGCAUAACUGGUUCCUCCAGCAUUGAAACACUUGUAAGAGUGGGCAUUGAAAAGGAACACGGUCUAAGUCCUGAUUCUAAGAUGGUUGUGCUGCACGACUUUACUCCUUGCGUGGAUGAUGAACUAGAGGUGAAGCGUGGACAGCUGGUUAAUAUCUUGUACAGAGAGAACGAUUGGGUCUACGUGAUUGGUCAGGACUCUAGGCAGGAGGGUUUUAUACCCUUCUCCUAUUGUGCUCCCUGCAACACGCAACUGGCGGAUUUGGCUGUCAAGAAGAAACUGCCAAGGGAACAGUGUCCAGAGCAGCCGAUCGAAGAGAAUAUACCACUUUUGGGCACGGAUAACAAGCUGGAUGUUCUUUGCGAUGAAACUUUGAAUCCUGGCUCUGCCAACAGCAUAGAGAACACACUGCUGGUGGAGCCAGAGUGUACACCUUUCGUGAAGGAACCGUCCGGGCGCUGUAUCGUUUUGUACACCUUUAUAGCCAGGGACGAGAAUGACUUGUCCGUGGAACGGGGUGAAUUUGUAACCGUGCUAAAUCGCGAGGAUCCCGAUUGGUUUUGGAUAAUGCGCAGCGAUGGCCAGGAAGGAUUUGUUCCAGCCAGCUUUAUUUAUUCUGCAGACAGUGUGCGAGUUUUGCAGCAACAGAAAGCCACAUUGAAUGCCAUGGAGACCAUUUUGCAGCAGGGUCAACCAGGCCAGCAGACCCAGCAGCAGCAGCAGCCACAAUUGGGCUUGGGAACAGAUGAUCUACGCUACCAUGGCACGGAGCUGGUGAUGCUGUAUGAUUACAAAGCGCAAGCUCCAGACGAUCUGUACCUUUCUGUGCGGAGAGGAGAUUGGAUUUACGCAGACUUAACCAAUCAGACUGUGGAUGGCUGGCUCUGGGCUUAUGCUCCGAAAACCCGCAAAUAUGGAUUCAUUCCGAAAGCCUAUGCCCGACCACCCGCCAUGACCAGCCUUUGAGAGAUAGAUUCACUACCAAAAUCGUUUUAAUUAUCACUUCGAUUAGCACUAAAUCAUAAUAUUCGUAAGUCUUCCAAACACCGUCGAAUUGCAUUUCGAAAAGCGUUACUUUGUGGCUUGGGUAUUCUUAUCUUGAACACUAUAAUAAAUAAUUGUAAUAAA